AUGCGUCUCUUGCACGCAGAUUCGCUGACCUUGGAAGAGUUUUUUGAGCCCCGAGUCCCGCCUUACGCUAUCCUGUCUCAUACGUGGGAUGCGGAAGAGGUCAGCUUCCAGGACUUGCACAACAACCCCCACCAUCACCAGAUGGCUGGCUAUGGCAAGAUUAAAGAGUCCUGUCGUUUGGCCCUGUUCUAUGGCCUGAAAUAUGUUUGGAUCGACACGUGCUGUAUCGACAAGAGCAGCAGUGCGGAAUUAAGCGAGGCCAUCAAUUCCAUGUUCAGAUGGUACGAGAACUCGGCAUUUUGCUUUGUCUAUCUUCCCGACGUGCCGUGGUCGCGCAACAUCUUUGAAGACACGUCGGCUUUUGGAAACAGCAGAUGGCACACAAGAGGAUGGACCUUGCAAGAGCUUCUUGCUCCGCGCAAACUGAUAUUCUUUGCUUCGAACUGGAAGAAGCUUUUUGCUUGGGGAAACUCGUUGCGACAUCCCGGCCAGGUUCUCUUUCACACGGAUGAACGGUACACGAAUCUCCUGAGACAAAUCACAGGGAUCGAGCCUCAUGCAUCUGGCUGGGAAGAUGCGCGAAUCGCCACGAAGUUGAGCUGGAUAUCGCGCCGCGAAACGACCAGGGUAGAGGACAUUGCGUAUUGCCUCUUGGGUGUGCUUGGCGUUCAGAUGCCGUUGUUGUAUGGCGAAGGCGACUAUGCUUUCCAACGAUUGCUGAUCAACGUCAUGGAAAGGGAUAACAGCUACGAUAUAUUCCUUGCUGGGUACAACUUGCUCUUGAGCAAGUGGGAGAGAGGCCGAGACUAUCUUCUGCCCCGGACGCCGGCAAUGUACGGAGGCUGCUCUAAUCUGAGCAGAAUUGGAAAGAAGGCAGCAUCCCGGUCGAAGCAUUAUUCUGUCACGAAUGCCGGACUGCACAUUGAGGCGCCAAUAGUGCGGCUAUCUCCCAUCCUCUUCCUGGCUUUCCUCUACUCUACCACAGAUGAGGAUCCCCGGGCCAUCGCACUGCCGUUGCGC